AUGUUUUUUGUUUGCAUUCUCGGCAUUAAACAACAACCGGUGAUUGGAGAGAUAUUGGAUGAUUUGAGAAGAAGUCCCCGGAACCGACUGUGUCACUCCCACCUACAAACCUUCCACAUACCAGACGUGAAAGAGGGUGAGUGGACCACAGGGUUCUGGAAGACUCCAAAAGACCUUUCCUCCUACACAUCGGCAGGACGUCCUUCUCCGUUCUUGCCAGCCGCCAGGGUUGGAGAGAAAGACAUUUGGUGCACAGAGUCCAGCCCAUAUCGCGAGUCCGAACUAGCGGCGCUCAAGACAUGGCAAGACGUACCGAAUGAUCAACCGACUUACUCAGACCGAACUAGCAGUUCUGAGUUGGGGGAUGGACCCAUACAGCACUUGUGUAUGCCAUGUGCAGCCAGCAACCUGGGAGAUGGGCAUGAGGCAGUUCCUCGAGCCUUGCUGACCCUGACGAUCCCUGGUCUCCGAUUCUGGCUAGCAGACUUCAAAACACCAAGAAUACUUGAGGGCAUCAACAAACGAAACCGAGAAGGAAAGGUCGAACGCGUCCAGCGCGGUCCUGUGAGAUGUGUAAAGAAAACCAAAGAGUCCUGCCCUUUUGAAGCCGCGAGGCUUGUGAUGUCUCCUUUUUCGCUUUCCCAUGCAAUCGUAACCUGCGUUUGCAUAACAUUCAUGACACGAAAAGAAACCAAGGAAGAAAGCACUGCUGUCCAGCAACAGGGAAAAUGUCAAAAACACAAGUACGAAAACAAAAACCAGCAACGCUUGCUCAACAAGGCCCAAUAA